UUUCGCGUGUGUCCAUUUUUUCUAUUUUCUGCUAACGAACGAACAAACGAAAGGCCCUCUCGCCAACACAAACAAACAAACAUAAACACGCACACAACUCCCAGCCAGCCAGCCAACCAGCGACCGCAUUUGUCAUUCUUUCCGCAACAACCAACCACCAAAGCGAAAGCGAGCCCAACAAGCAAGUGCAGAAAGUGUCUGCAACAACCCCCAACACCAACACUAACACCAACACCAAACCAACCCGGCCCAAACCACGCCACACAUAUCUCUGCAGCCUCGGUCCACGCCAUUCAUUCACAUCACAUCAUCAUCGCUGCCUGACCAAAAAGUGACUUGGCUGAGUCCCCAAGCUAACACGUCAUUUUUUUUUUUUCAUUCGUCUCUCUCCAGCCAGCCAAAUCCCCGGCACCUGCAGACCUAGCCGCACCCGCAGCACACACAAACACAGAGCGAACCAAACAAACACAAACCACCAGCGAGCGAGCAAGCCGCCCUUACGUACAUACACACAUACACACAUACACACAUACAUACAUCCAUCUUCCUUCCUUGGUUCAGCACCAGCAACACCAGCAGCAUGGCUGAUCAGCAGAAGAACAACACGGAGCCGCCAAAGUGCGCCGGUGGCUGCGGCUUCUUCGGCAACCCUGCGUCUGAGAACUUUUGCAGCAAGUGCUACCGCGACCGUUACGGGCCAGACGCCUUUUUGGGCAAGCCCCUCACAUCCCCGUCAGCAACCACACUUCCAUCCUCGUCGUCCGCCUCCGCACCCACAGCAACCGCCUCCAGCGCGAGUCGAAGCAACAUAGACAUGGGUAUGAUGGACACGUCAUCAUCAACUUCGUCCAUGUCACCCUUGGCGCCACAGCCACACGCGCCCGCACAGCCCGCCACGCAAGACGAGCAACACGCUGCCGCAGAAAAGGCGUCAGACUCUGUCACAGCGACACCAAGCAAGAAGUCCAAGAAGAAGAAGAAGAACCGCUGCCACGUCUGCAACACCAAGCUCGGCAUGCUCGGGUUUGAGUGCAAGUGCGACGGCAUGUUCUGCAGCAAGCACCGCUUGCCAGAUGAUCACGAGUGCACCUUUGACUUCAAGUCGUUUGACAGGAACAAGAUUGCCCAGGCAAACCAGGCUGUCACCCCAGAGAAGCUCAACCGCCUGUAAAGGCUGGCUGUGAAGCGAUGUGUUGGUGGUGAUCAUGGGUGGUGGCGGUACCCGUGGUGGUGGUGGUGGUUCCUCACAACCACCACUUCUUCAAGACCACCGCUUUGUUGCUCCCACCACAUCCUCCUUCCCCCCACCUCCUCCUUUUCUCCUUCCUUCCUCUUCCUUCUUUCUUUCUUCCUUCCUUCUCUCGGCGUUUCCACGCAACAGGACUCGCUCGUUGUCUGGUUGACAAGCGCGAGAGAACUUAGGCAUGCAGGGAAAGACUGAACGGAUGGCUGUGAGCGAGUGAGUGAGUUUUGACUUUGCGGGUAUAUGUGACGAGCGCUCUGCUGACCCCAAACAAGCAAGAAGUGUGUUGCCUUCUGUUGCCUUCCUUUCUGGUUUCCUGUUUUUUUUUGUUUGUUUGUUCGUUUUGAUGAUGAUGAUGAUGAUGAUGUAUUGGUUGUGUCUGUGCAUCUGUGCACUCCACCAUGCAAGUGUGCAGACCACAACACAAAAACCAAGAAGCAAUUAAACGACGCAAUUCCAA